UGCCGUGAAAGCGUCGCCGGAGAAGCAUCUGCGGCUCGAGCUGUGCCAGCUGUCCUCGCGCACUCUGGAUAGAGGCUCGUGCAGAGGAGGUUCUCCUGGAAAUCUGGAAAAACGGACUAUGGCUACCAACGUGGGGUCCAUGCGUAUCCUCAUAAAAGGGGGAAAAGUUGUCAAUGAUGACUUCACCCAGGAGGCUGACGUCUACAUUGAGAACGGCAUCAUCCAGCAGGUUGGAAAGGAGUUGAUGAUUCCAGGUGGAGCAAAAGUGAUUGAUGCAUCUGGAAAGCUGGUGCUGCCAGGUGGAAUAGACACCAGUGUUCAUCUGCAGGAGACUUUCAUGAACGCCACCAUCCAGGAUGACUUUUACAGUGGGACCAAGGCGGCGCUGAUGGGUGGUACCACCAUGGUGAUGUCUCUGGUCCUGCCAGAACAACACUGCUCCCUGCUGGACACCUACGAGAAGAGCCGAGCCGUGGCUGAUGCUAAGGCCUGCUGCGACUACGCUCUGCACGUCGGCGUGACAUGGUGGGGACCCAAGGUACGUAACGAGAUGGAGACCCUGGUGAGGGAACACGGGGUGAACUCCUUCCAGAUGUUCAUGGCCUAUAAAGACAUGAUGAUGCUGCGGGACUCCGAGUUGUACCAGACACUACAGACCUGUAAGGACAUUGGAGCCAUUGCACGAGUCCACGCUGAGAACGGAGAGCUGGUGGCAGAGGGCGCCAAAGAGGCUUUGGAUUUAGGCAUCAGUGGACCAGAAGGGAUUGAGAUCAGUCGACCAGAGGAGUUGGAAUCUGAGGCGACUCACAGAGCAGUGACCAUUGCCAACAGGGCCCGCUGCCCAAUCUACCUGGUCAACGUGUCCAGUAUGUCAGCUGGAGACAUGAUCGCUGCUGCUAAGAUGCAAGGUAAAGUGGUCCAUGCAGAGACCACAGUAGCUCACGCCGUGCUGAAUGGGAUGCAGUAUUACCAUCAGGACUGGGCUCACGCCGCCGCCCACGUCCUCGUCCCUCCUCUCCGGGUGGACCCCAACACUCCCAGCUACCUCAUGGGCCUGCUGGGAAAUGACACUCUGAGCGUCGUGGCCUCGGAGCACCGUCCCUUUAACAUCAAGCAGAGAGCACUGGGGAAGGAGGACUUCACUAAGAUCCCCCACGGAGUGCCUGGAGUCCAGGACAGGAUGAGUGUCAUCUGGGAGAGGGGAGUGGUUACAGGAAAGAUGGAUGAGAACCGUUUUGUGGCAGUGACCAGCUCUAAUGCUGCAAAGAUCUACAACCUGUACCCACGCAAGGGUCGCAUCAUCCCCGGUGCUGACGCUGAUGUGGUCGUUUGGGACCCAGAUGCAACAAGGACUAUUUCCGUGAGCACUCAGGUGCAGGGUGGAGACUUCAAUCUGUAUGAGGGGAUGCGAUGCCAUGGCGUCCCCCUCGUCACCAUCAGCCGAGGACGUUUAGUGUGUGAGAAUGGCGUGUUCAUGUGUGCGGAGGGCUCUGGAAAGUUUUACCCACAACGCACUUUCCCUGACUACCUCUAUAAGAAAAUGGUGCAAAGAGAAAAGAGCCAGGCUUAUAAAGGCGUCGACAGGGAUCCCUACUCUGGAGAUGUGGCCAAGGUGGCAAACACCUUGAAGAAGGAGCUCGGUUUGGGCCCCAUAGACGGAGAGGCAGCCAACAAGGCCUGUGGACGUGUGCACCAGGGUGUCCGAGACCUCCAUGAGUCCUCCUUUAGUCUCUCCGGAUCUCAGGUUGAUGACCACAUCCCGAAGAGGUCCUCGGCUCGAAUCCUGGCCCCUCCUGGCGGUCGCUCCAGUGGUAUCUGGUAAACACUGAUUGUGGAGCGUCAAAUAUUCCGAGCCUCCUCGUUUUGUAUAUUUUUGAGCAACCAGGAAAACUGCACUGAUUUUCAAUCACAGGAGUAAAGUUAAGAAGGAAAUAAAUUGACGCUUGUAUCUGUGAUUGGUAACUGAUGAUCAGUAGUUUACCAAAGUGACUUUUACAAAUCUAAUUUGUCGUAAUUGGAGUGACUGAUUUGAUAAAUUGCGGUGAAGAGAGCGAAGGGCUGUCUGGCUAUGAAUUAAAAUAUCCUGCCAAAUUGGAGCUGAUCAUACUAACAUUGACAAAGUGUGCUCAUUCUCAUUCUGCCUGUAUCCGCCAGCUACGAAACAACUGUGAAAGGUCAAAACCAGUACAGUUUUUGAUGGUUUGAGUCAAAGUGAUGUCGACUGAAUUAUUUAAAAUAGUAGAACUGGAAUCAUUGAAAUAUCUAUUACCCCGUCGCACACAAACAUACAGUACACCGUUGACACCAUAGCUUUAGAGUUGUAUGAAGAUGUGUGUGGAUUCUGUUUGUGAUUUAACCACCCACUGUGCACGGCUUCCUGCCUGCUGCAUGGCGGGUUCCUCUAACCGUGUUUUUAUUUCCAAUGGGUGAACUGUGCCGUGUGGUGAUGAAAUCCAACUGCUUCAAACACCGCUGCACUCUCCAAAUAGACUUGACUCCAUCCAUCCUUAUACUUUCACUGCCUCUGACUGAAAAUACACAUAUCCUUAAGGACACUCAGCCUCUCUGAAGGCCUACAGAAAGAGUCACAAGUAAGAAAAAUGUAUUGACCUGUGAUCACAACUGAGUCUCAAGAGCUAAAUGUAUGUAAACUCGAUUAUCCUAUAGACUAUAUGUGUCUCAAGGUCAGUUCAGUCUCCUCAAGGAAGGAUGGUGGAUGUUUUCAAGGUCACAGUGGAGACGACAGGGAGGAGACCCUUUCUGUUACUUUGCUACUGAUCAAUCUGAGAAUAACUGGUAAUUUUUCAUGAAUAAAAAGGGAAAGUAGUGCCUUCUCAUUCACCAGAGAGAUUACAUAGAGCGUACUGAGUGAAAAAAGAAGCUGCUUGAACAUCUAAGAGAUUUGAUAGUAAUCAAAUAUUAAUCUAGUGGUGCAGUUAACAGCUAGGAAUCAUCAACAGUGGGCAAGAGAUAAAGCAUGGAGGCAGAGAACAGCCAUACCUGCAAUUAUCUAGGAGUGGAAUUUCCCUCCUCUUUUAUUUUUAGGCAAUGCAAACAUUUUUCUGGUACCUUUGAUACCUCAUAUAACAUUUGAUAUCAUUCAUUAUCAAUUAUUCAUAUUAGAAUUCCAUAUUUAUCUAAAAA